UUGAUGGAGGCUUACAUACGACAAAAACGUGCGUCACCUGGAAUGGUACAAGCCAGCGACUUACAAAUCCAGCGACCGAUGUCUGGUAUGCGUACUAACAGUCGUGAAGUAUAUGCCUAUGAUGGACCAAUGCAAUUUAUUAGCUCGCCAAAUAAUCCUGAUCAGAUAUUAACACAAGUGCCGAGUAAAACAAAUUUAAAUGGUUUACGUUCUGGAAGCGGAAGUCAUGAUGAAGAUAUAAUAGAAGAGCUCUCCACGCACGAUCUAGAAGAUGAUGAAAGCAGCCCUGUGUAUGGUAGAAAUGAUGUACAACAUAACAACACUAACUCAGAUUCAUCAAACCAACGUCAACGUGGACGUCAACAGUCCUUCAGCGAUCAACUAGAUGAAGAUGACAUUAAAAAUCGCAAUAUUGUAUCAGCAAACUCAACAGGUGCUCCAAUAAUGCCAGUUAACUCAGCAAAAAAUAACUCAACUUCUGCCACAAACUCAACCCAAGCACAGUCCACAGUAUCACUUUCUGGAAAUAGUUUAGAAAACGCUGAACCAGAAGGCGAUGUAAUAGGUAACAUUGAUCAAUUUGUUAUACAGCCAGCAGCGCAAGGUGUGCUCUUUAAAUGCCGUAUAACUCGAGAUCGUAAAGGAAUGGAUCGAGGUUUAUUUCCUAUAUAUUAUUUACAUUUAGAACGCGAUUACGGCAAAAAGAUAUUCCUAUUAGGAGGACGCAAACGUAAGAAGAGUAAAACCUCAAACUAUAUCAUAAGUUGUGAUCCAACAGACUUGUCACGUAAUGCAGAUGGUUUUUGUGGUAAAUUACGGUCGAAUGUAUUGGGCACAACAUUUUCCGUAUACGACAAUGGUAGCAAGGAGAGUGCAGAAAACCCACGUUUAGACCUGGCAGUUGUUAUUUAUGAUACAAAUAUACUGGGUUUUAAAGGACCGCGAAAUAUGACUGUUAUAUUACCUGGUAUGACUGAAGAUGAUCAACGUGUCAAAAUUAGUUCAGCAGAUCCAAAACAACAAGGCAUAUUAGAUUUAUGGAAAGUGAAGAAUAUGGACACAAUUGUUGAAUUACAUAACAAAACACCUGUCUGGAAUGAUGAGACACAGUCUUAUGUACUUAAUUUUCAUGGUAGAGUGACGCAAGCUUCAGUGAAGAACUUUCAGCUUGUUCACGAUUCUGAUCCUGAGUAUAUAGUAAUGCAAUUUGGACGGACUUCUGAAGAUGUAUUUACCAUGGACUAUCGUUAUCCUUUGUGUGCAUUGCAAGCCUUUGCAAUUGCAUUAAGUAGUUUUGAUGGCAAAAUUGCUUGUGAAUAGAAUAUUUCUCAAAGUUAACUAAUUUCUUAAAGCAGAUUUAGCUUCUAAAUUCUGCGCAGAUGUACUCGUAAGAAGUAAAACAAAAUUGUUGCCUUAAUCUUGAUUUGCUAUAAUUUACAUAUACAUAUACUCGAAACAUGAAUAUAAAAUAAAGAAUAGAAGAAGACAAAUAUAAAUGGUAUUCACGAUAUCAGGUAACGAGCUCGUAUGUUACAUAUAUUUGGAGUUUUACAAUGUUACUCUGUUGCCGACCUCGUUAUAUGAUAUCGUGAACACCCCUUUAGUGAUGAUACAAAAAUUCAAUAUUUACUAUUGAACUGUUUACUAUAAAAUUUUUAGAACUAUAAUAAAAAUCUCUUCGUCUUCUUAUUUUGCAAUAUAAAGAAACACAAACAGUUUCAGCAGCAGUUUUAGAUUUUUUCCUAUAAUACUGAUUGUAAUACAUAUACUAUAUAUCCCAUGAAUUGAACUAGUUCAUAGUUCAGUUAGAAGAAUAUGUAAUAAUAUAACUAUUAAAUUAUCUUCAAUUUUAAUAAUGUUUGCAUUUUUACAAUUUAAAUCGCAAAUGAUUUUAAGAUUAUUCCUUUCCCAUACCAAAUGAAGGAUCAUGAGCCUUAUUAAUAGUACAUGUAAGAGCCAAGAAAGAUGUUAGAGUUUUAUAGUAGUAAGUCUGAUUUUUAAAAGGCUUUGUUAAAAUAAGAGAUUCUUUUUUAUUCUAUUCUAUUUGUUUAUAUUCAUAAAAAUUAGCACUUCUAGUCAAAUUAGCAUAAGUAUCAGAAAAUAUAUCAAGAAAUUUACGGGUAUCUCUCAUUCUCACCGAUUUUGGAAAACUGUUAACACUAAAUAUAUGAGUAUGUACGUACACCUUAUUGUAUAUAAUAUAUAUAUUGUAUAUUUAUGUAUAAAUAUAUAAAUGCAU